AUGAAACUUGAAGGCAUUCGUAAUGUAAGCCAGUUACAGAUUGAUUCUGAUAUCAGUACAAAUGUUCCACUAAUGGAAGAGGAAGCAGUCAAAUCUGACCAACAAUUUUGGACAAUAAUGAAAUAUAUUCCAGGUGUUACAUUAAGGGAAUUUGUUAUGUCCAGACUUAAACAGGAUGGUACGAUCAGUUUACUAGCAGCAAUAAAAUUAGCGCAACAGUUACUUCUAAUUGUUAAACAAAUUCACUUACGUGGAAUCGUUCAUCGUGAUUUGAAACAUCUAAAUUUGAUGGUUGAUGAACAAAAAGGCUGUCCAGCUGAAGAUGCACGAAUUUAUGUUGUUGAUUUUGGGCUGGCUUACAUUGAGACUGAAGAAGAAAUUGAUUGGUCAAAUUUUGAUGAUUACAAGAAAAAUUGUCCAAAAACAAAUCUAGGAGAACCAAUAGGGAAUGCGUACUAUCGUGUCCCGCAGCUGGAAGCGAAAAAUUGGAACAAAUUAUCAGAUUUUGAAAAAUACAAUCUGUUAUUUGAUCGUCGUAGUCCAACUAUUGAUACGUCCAAUGUUUGCUCUAUCUUAUUUUGGCUGAUUACAAAUAAUGAAGACAUAAAACAACGGGAUGAUGACGAUAACAAAAACUAUUCAUGGUCCGCAAGUGGCAGCUCACAAUGGGUUGAUGAAGAACAAGUACUCACUGAACGUAAACAUUAUGAUGUUUUGGUUUAUUCUUAUAUGAAUCAAACUUGGUCCAUGAUAUUAAUAUGUAAAAUACAUAUUAAUGAGAACGGUCAAAUUGUUACAUUAUCAAUAUGCAGCACAGUGAACGGUUUAUUUCUUCAAUUGCCACUUGGUCAAUUCUCCACCGUUGAAGUUCAUCAGAUUGAUAUUUGUGCUGAUUUUACACGUGAAAUUAAGACACUUUUACAGCUGAUUAAACAACAAAAGGAAAAAUAUGCCUUGGAAGCAGAUACAUCGCCAGUUGCAGAUACUUCGCGUGCAUCGGCCGCAAAUGCACCAAGAAGAGUCAGUCGAACACGUCAUAAUUAG